UGAGAUAGGCCUAAGUUCCAAGACUGAGAACAGAGAGGCUCUCAAGGCAAGCAGCCUUCGAGUAAAUGAGGUGGGUGAUGGUAGGAGUUAUCCUGAGACCCCAUUUCAAGUAGGCACUUUCCUACCUGGGAGUGGCUGCCUUGAGCCCGGGGAGAGAGUCACCACCUGUCACAGGACCCACGUGCUGUCAGGAGGCAGGUCCUCUCAUGCCCAGGCCCUGUCUCACAGCUGAAGCACAGCCCAGGCCAGGAUAAAAGGACUCCGGACCAGAGCACCCCAUCCACACACCUCCUGAGGUGCUGAAGAGCCCUGUGCUACGUGUGACUCCGCUCCUGAACACCCGCCUCCAAGAUGUCCUGCCAGCAGAGCCAGCAGCAGCAGUGCCAGCCCCCUCCCAAGUGCACCCCCAAGUGCCCUCCCAAGUGCCCUGCCCCUAAGUGUCCCCCAAAGUGCCCCCCUAAGUGCCCUCCAGUGUCUUCCUGCUGCAGUGUCAGCUCUGGGGGCUGCUGUGGCUCCAGCUCUGGGGGCUGCUGCGGCUCCAGCUCUGGGGGCUGCUGCAGUUCCGGGGGAGGUGGCUGCUGCCUGAGCCACCACAGGCGCCGCAGGUCCCACCGCCACAGACCCCAGAGCUCUGACUGCUGCAGCCAGCCCUCAGGGGGCUCCAGCUGCUGUGGAGGGGGCUCCAGCUGCUGCGGAGGGGGCUCCAGCUGCUGCGGAGGGGGCUCCAGCUGCUGUGGAGGGGGCAGUGGCCACACUGGAGGCUGCUGCUGAAGUGGAUCCUGUGCCUAAAAGAACACAAAUGACCAAAUAUUUCCCUCUCCUCUUCCUUCUUCUGAGCCUGCCAAUGUUGCUGAUAGGUCUUGGUGAGGGCUGAGCUCAAGCAUAGAGGAUUCUUCUGUCUUGGAGUUCAGGGGCUCAAAAGUUCUCCCACAAAGCCUUUUACCAACCUUGUUUUGCAUAUAUGUGGUUGCUCUGGGAAGCCCGAAGCACAGACCUAUAUCCCUUUGUAGCUUGUCUUUGUGCAUAGCUCAGCCUGAUGUAAAACAAUAAAACUAGAAAUAUG